CUCAUGUGUCUAGAACAUUUCACUUUCUGACUGACAACAGAUUGUCAAGCAGACCUAACCCCUGUUUGGAAAAGUUACAAACAAGUUUGCAUAUUCAAAACAUUUGCAAGGCAAUAGAAUGGAGGGUUUUGACGAUAUGAAGAAGCUGCUGGAAGCGUGCGGUCAGAGCCACGUGCUCAAAUUCUGGGACGAGUUGAACGAGACCCAACAGAAGGGCUUCCUGGCGCAACUGAAUAGUAUAGACCUUAAAGCCGCCCUGCAGAUGUGGCAAAAGGCCCAUGUAGACCAAGAGGCCUGCAAAAAAGUGGCUGAUAAUGGCCUGUCGCCUAUAGAGGUUGAGGUUGAAAAGGUUUUACCACAUGCGGAAAUCGAGGCCUAUAGAAAUAUCGGUUUCACUGAAAUUGCCAAAAGCACAAUAGCGGUAAUUGUGUUGGCUGGGGGGCAAGGAACGCGCCUGGGAAUGCCCUAUCCUAAAGGAAUGUGUCCCACAGGAAUACCGUCAGGCAAAACCCUGUUCCAACUGCAAGCCGAGAGAAUUCAGCGCCUCAUCGAGCUGGCUCAUGGGAGAACCGGUGUCGUCGGAAAAAUCCCGUGGUACUUUAUGACUAGCGAUGCAACUCACGUAUUAACCGAAAAAUUCCUGCAGCAAAACAACUACUUUAGUCUGGGCCGGGAAAACGUGCGGUUGUUCAAGCAGGCGCUGGUUCCUUGCUUUGACUUGGAGGGCAAGUUGCUGAUGGAGGAAAAGGAUGAAAUCGCGAUGACCCCGGACGGAAAUGGCGGUUUAUACCGGGCUCUAAGAGAGCAGAAAAUUAUCCAAGAAAUGGAGAAAAAGGGCAUCAAAUACAUCCAUAUACACAGCGUGGACAACAUUUUAGUCAAAGUCGCAGACCCGGUUUUUAUGGGAAAAUGCAUCCGGGACCAGGUGGAUUUCGGGCUGAAAGUGAUAAAAAAAACCGACCCCACCGAGUCGUUGGGUUUGGUUCUCAAAGUGGACAGCGACGUGAAAAUCCUCGAAUACUCCGAAAUCCCGGCGGCCAUCCCGGAUUUGCGCAAAACACCCGACGACGACUUGGUGUUCAACGCCGGCAACAUUUGCAACCACUUUUUCACCAUUGACUUCCUCAGAAAAGUCUCAGUGCAACACGAGUCAGACCUCACAUUGCACAUGGCUCAGAAAAUCGUCACCCAGAUCAACGGGGACGGCGACAAAGUCGUCCCGACAUUCCCCAAUUGUAUCAAAAUCGAAAAGUUCAUCUUCGAUGUGAUCGGCUACACGCAGAAUUUCCUGCUGUGGCAAAUCGAGCGCUUUCAGGAGUUUUCGCCGAUUAAAAACAGCGACGCGUCCGGAAAAGUGUGCUUCCUCACUGCGAAGAAAGAUCUGCUCAAUCUGCACAAGAGGUGGAUUGAAACGAUGGGCGGCAAAUGCCAGGGGGAGGGCGUGGAGGUUUCGCCCCUGCUCUCCUAUGAGGGUGAGGGAUUGGCGUUGUUUAGAGGUAGGGAAUUCAUGGAGGAGGAGCUGCUGCUAAGCGAGAAGGAGGAGACGAAACUGAAAGUUUAACAUUCGCGAAGCACCCGCGCACUGUCACGGCGUUUGAAAAUUAAUUUUCAAUUUUUCCUAAGUUGUAAAUAUUCGUGUAUAUAAAAAGUGAUACAUACAACCUAAUAAUAAGCACUCAUAUUUUACGCUGUUGCUUGUUUUUAAACAUCUUUCCCUUUUUACUGUCGAUGAUUGUUGGGCUAAACAAGGUUGGCGUGAGUAUCGCAAUCACUCACUGGGCAUCAAACCAAAAAAUACACAUUAUCUUACUGUA